CUCUCAUCCAUUGAAAAAAAAAAAGAAAAAAAAGAAAAGGAUGGACAGAGAACAAGAAGAAAUGCAAUUCCUAGGCCCUUUUGGCAUCUGCAGAGAAGCCUACAAGAUCAUCAUCUCAUGGAGGAAGAUCUUCACCAAAAUCACUCUAGCUUUGAUCCUCCCACUCUCCUUCAUCCUCCUAGCUCACAUCAAAUUCUCUGAAUUACUCACAUCUAGGAUCAUACACAACCAAGCCAUGUUAGGAGAAGCACAAAUCGGCACGCAGAGGUACAACAAGCUCUCCCCUCUCAUAUCAUCCGAACACACUACCUAUUGGCUAUUCCAACUUGGAUAUAUCAUCUCACUCUUCAUCUUCUCCUUCCUCUCCACUUCUGCUGUGGUCUACACCAUUGCAUGCAUUUACACGGGUCGCGAAGUGACCUUCAAGAAGGUCAUGAGUGUCGUCCCAAAGGUUUGGAAGAGACUCGUGCUCACUUUCUUGUCCACGGUCUUGGCUUUCUUUGCUUAUUCCCUAGUUUUCACAAUAAUCACAAUCUUAUGUGCAUUCUUAUGGGCACACACAGCUGGUACUGCUAGUGUUAGUAUAAGUCUUCAUACCACUGUGGUGAUUUUCUUCAUUAUACUGAUCAUAUAUGGUUUAGGGGCUUUGUAUAUGAUCAUUAUUUGGCAGUUGGCUAGCGCGGUGUCUGUGUUAGAAGACUCCUAUGGGUUUAAGGCCCUGGUGAAGAGCAAGAACCUCAUAAAAGGAAAGAUGUGGGUGGCUUUAAUUAUCUUUUUGAUGUUAAAUUUCUCAUCCUUUGUUAUAUAUACACCUUUUCAAAAGUUUGUUGUCCAUGGAGAGUCCCAAAGUUUGUUGUAUAAGGUUGGAUUUGGGAUGUUGUUUUUGUCAUUGCAAUCCAUGUUGUGUCUUUUCGGGUUGAUCGUCCAAACUGUUAUCUACUUUGUGUGCAAGUCAUACCACCAUGAAAAUAUUAAUAAGUCGGUCCUCUCGGAUCACUUGGAAGUUUAUCAUGGAGAGUAUGCUCCUUUGAAGAAAACGGAUGUUCCGCUAGGGCAAUUCCAAGUUUGAUCAGCGCAUAUAUAUGUUUGGUUAAAAAGUUUGUAAUAGUUGAUGUUUAUGGGUUGUAAUGUAUCAAUUACAAUAUUUGUACUUUAUUUUACAUGGUUUAUAAACAUUUUCAACCACUUA